GCGGCCUCCCCGUUGCGCCCCGCUUCCUCCUCAGCCGAGCAGCUCUGGAAGCCCCCGACCCGAGGGGCUGUGCGGAUCUCCGACGGCAAGGUGAGGUCACAGAGCCGGGAGCGUUCGGCGCGCACCGCGUGUCCUGGAGACCGAGCGCACCGCCGGCCGGAGCAAGAGAAGCGUAGCCAGGUGGCUGGAGCCAAGUCGUUCCCAGGCCAGCGGAGUCUCCUGCCGGAGGUGGCCCGGUGGCGAAUAUGGCGCUGGCCGCUAGGGGUGCCGUCCCCGCCUGCCUCCUCGUCCUCCUCGCUUUCUUGCCCAGCUGGGACACUCAGAUUAGGCCUCAGGGAGAACCUGGCCCAGGUGUGAACAGUUCAAUAAAUUCAAAAAAUAGUCUUAAAGAAAUUAUUAAAUUACUUGAUCACCGAAUCCAAGUUCUGCACCAAAAGAAUUUGAUGCAUGAACAUGAACCCUCAGAGAAACAGGACAGAUCAUUAACUGUACACAUGAGUGUGGUCAAAGGAUCCUCUGUAAAAGUGAAGGCAACUCCUAGUAGUCUAACAACACAAGAAAUCCCUUUUUCCAAUAGCUAUACAGUACUGAUUGGUUACAAGCUGCACAAGAUUUCCCCAAAUAUCCUUGUGGACACACCAGUGAGACCUAAUAAAGUGAAGGGUGCAGGAACCGAAGAAGAAAUAACUUUGCUUCCUGGCUUGAAACAGGACAAAGAUGCUGGGAGAAGAACAGCCCUGAUAGUACCUGAUCAUGGAAAGACCACUGCAGAUGGCAGUAAAAGAAACCACCCUUUCACAGUGAAGCAAGAGACUCCAUCCACUAAUAAGAAAUUGCAGUCUUCAGUAAUGGAAGAUAUUCUUCAGGAAUUACAAGAACAUCUAGUUCGUAGGCCUUCCACCAGUGACGGCGAGGAACCAAUGCUGAUGGACAAUAUGUAUUCAUCAAAUGAACUUGAAGAUCCAGAAGAAGCAGGUUACAGUGAAGAGAACCACAACAAGCUGACAGAGCCUCUCCCAGAAGAGACAGAUUUUCUGCCAUUCCCAGACGAACCACCAUUGAUUCAUCCACUCGAAGCAAGCUCUGUUCCAAAUUUGGUUACUGAAGUGACACAUGAACAUAUGAAUGAUGCCCAAAGAUAUGAAUUCUUUGAGAAAUAUGAAGGUAUUCAGGGCAAGAAAAAAUCAAAAGCUGCGGACCUUAAAGACCUGCUAAAGCACAUCAUCAUAGCCUGUGUAGCUGUCACUGGUUUGAUCUUGACUGUAAUAGUUGUUGUGCACAUAUACACUUCAUUAUUUGUGAAGAAGGAGCAGGAACCUGAUAAAACAAAUGCUGACAAAAAUGGUGGACCUGACAAAAAUGAUGUCACAUCGGCCGAGAAAACAAGAAGCCAACAACCACAUUACAAUGUUGGCAUUGAGGGAGCACAAAACCAACAACUGGAAUAUGCUGUUAACAUUGUGGAAACAGGAAACCAACAGCUAGAAGACAGCACCGUUGGAAUUGACAAUCAAAACAAUAACAACUUAAGUUCACCACCAGAAAUGUUUUCAUCAACAGAUUGUGAUUACAUCAAAAAGCCCUUAGACCUCCAUCCUGUCAAAGCUUUGUUGUCCCCUAGCUCCCAACCAGAAGACACUGGCUUGCUUCUCCCAGUUGAACCUUCCAGGCACACUGCCCAUAAUAGUUUGCCUUCAUACAACAGCAGCACAUGUAAGCACCUCAAAGUACAACCUAGAACUUUCAGAACCAAACAUAGCUCUUAUAACUGGCCAGGAAAUUAUGGUAAAUCCCAAGAUCAUGACUAUAAAAGACUUCAAGCCAAAGAUACUGCUUGUUACAAAACAAAACCAAUUUGCCAAAGACCAUCUAAGCAUAGACCCAAAUCCACAGAACCCAAAAGAGGACACAAAAGGGUUUCAGCUAAGCAACAUAGCCACAGCAGUUCAAGUUGGGUUGGAGAUCCUUCAUCAAAUGUUUCUGCUGCUUUAGACACUAACAAAAACUCCAAGGAGUCAAGACUGUCCCAAGAUGAUGACUCAGACUGUGCAUGUUUUCAGCAUUUCAAAGGUUCUUCUAGUACAGACUCAUAUUCAAAUUAGAGCAGCACAGAGAGGAGGGAUUUAUUGUUCAGUUUGACUGCUGUCCGGAAGUGUGGAGUCCUAUAUUUUUUACCAUGGUUAAUCAUGAUGGAACCCUAUAGUAUCCUGGAGAACACAUGUUGCAAUCAUGCUAUUGAAUAAUAAAAAGUAGGUUUGGUGUUGGGUUACAGGAGUAGCUAAUCUGGCUUCUUGGAUUUGUCCAAUUAAAUUAUUUUCUGCUUGAAGUGCAAUAUGUGCUCACAUUCUCUAACAAGCACUAAUUCACAUUUGGGGGGGGGGAUAGAAAAAAUAGAGCCCUGCACUCUGCAAAAACAUGCAGUUCUUUGCAACAUGAGUGUCAAAGAGAAUCUGCAACAGUAUUAAGUAUUUGGGGUCUUAAGACCCACUAGCACUAUUAAUGUUGAAGCGAAGGAGAAAAGAAUUGCACACCCGAAUACUAAGGGACCAGGAAGCUAUUGCAGAGGGUUUAGCUUUUAGUUUUUUCCAUUUUCUAAAAAAUCCUUACUAGGAAAUGAAAAAACCCACACUCCAAGCACCUGGUAAGGGACAUUAUUUUACCACAGAAUCAGAAAUAGUACAAUAUACUCUUGGCUCCACAACCUGUGCAACUGAAGUAAUAACUUACAGAGCUUUCAGAAUCAACUCAAGA